GUGACAAUAACAAUAAUAACAUGAGUGGAGAGAGCACAAAACCGUACAUAGUGAAGAAAUGCAUUGCCCUUUUGCUUUCAUGUGCUUCCUCAACUUACAAAUUCAAGCAAGUUCAUGCAUUUUCCAUCAGGCGCCGCAUCCCUUUAUCAAGCCCAGAAAUGGGCAAAUACUUGAUUUUCACUCUAGUUUCUCUUUCAGGUCCAAUGUGUUAUGCUCAAAAAAUCUUUAAUCAAAUUCAAUUUCCUAAUAUAUUCACUUGGAAUACAAUGAUUAGAGGUUAUGCUGAGAGUGAAAAUCCAUAUCCAGCAAUUGAAAUACAUAACCAAAUGUGUGUUAAUUCUGUUGCCCCUGACACACAUACAUACCCUUUUCUUCUAAAAGCUAUUGCCAAGGUGAUUGAUGUUAGGGAAGGAGAAAAGGUGCAUUGCAUUGCAAUUAGAAAUGGGUUUGAAUCGUUGGUGUUUGUUCAGAAUUCUUUGGUUCAUUUUUAUGGAGCAAUUAGUCAAGCUGAAAAAGCACAUAAGGUGUUUGAGGAAAUGUCUGAUAAGAAUCUUGUGGCAUGGAAUUCAGUGAUUAAUGGGUAUGCUUUGAAUAGUCGACCUAAUGAGACGUUGACCCUUUUUAGGAAAAUGGUUUUGGAAGGUGCUAGGCCUGAUGGGUUUACUUUGGUCAGUUUGUUGACUGCUUCAGCUGAGCUUGGUGCGUUAGCGUUGGGUAGAAGGGCACAUGUGUAUAUGUUGAAGGUGGGAUUGGAUAAGAAUUUACAUGCUGCAAAUGCACUUUUGGAUCUUUAUGCUAAAUGUGGGAAUGUGAAAGAGGCCGAGCAAGUUUUUCAUGAGUUGGAGGAGGAUAGUGUAGUGUCUUGGACAUCUUUAAUCGUAGGUUUGGCUGUCAAUGGUUUUGGUGAGAAAGCACUUGAGCUUUUCGAGGAAAUGGAAAGAAAAGGAUUUGUGCCUACUGAGAUCACAUUCGUCGGGGUCUUGUAUGCCUGUAGCCAUUGUGGUUUGGUGGACAAAGGGUUUGCUUACUUCGAAAGGAUGCAAAAAAUGUUUGGAAUUAAGCCGAAAAUUGAGCAUUAUGGCUGCAUGGUUGAUUUGUUAGGAAGGGCUGGUUUAGUCAAAAAGGCAUACAAGUAUAUUAAAGACAUGCCAUUGCAACCCAAUGCUGUGAUUUGGCGAACAUUACUUGGCGCCUGCUCAAUACAUGGUCAUUUAGCUCUGGCAGAGAUGACUAGAAAUCACCUUAAGCUGUUAGAACCUAAUCAUUCUGGGGAUUAUGUGCUCCUUUCAAACCUUUAUGCAGCCGAGAGGCGUUGGUCAGAUGUGCAUCAACUAAGGACCACUAUGCUUAAAGAAGGGGUGAAAAAAGUCCCAGGGCAUAGCCUUGUUGAGUUAGGAAAUCGGGUGCAUGAAUUUGUUAUGGGAGAUAGGUCCCAUCCUAAAAAUGAGGCUAUAUAUGCUAUGCUUGGAGAAAUGACUAGGUUGCUGAGAUUGGAAGGUUAUGUCCCUCAUACAUCAAAUGUGCUUGCUGAUAUAGAGGAAGAGGAGAAGGAGACUGCUUUGGCUUACCAUAGUGAAAAAAUUGCAAUUGCAUUCAUGUUGAUUAGUACACCGCCUGGGACCCCUAUUAGAAUUGUGAAGAACUUAAGGGUCUGUGCUGAUUGCCACCUUGCCAUUAAACUAAUAUCUAAGAUUUUUGAUCGCGAGAUAGUGGUUAGAGAUCGUAGCCGGUUUCACCAUUUUACCAAUGGAUUUUGCUCUUGUAAAGAUUAUUGGUAGGACAUAAUUUGUGGAAUUCGAACUGGACUUUGCAUAAGUUGCUUAAAUU